UUAUUAAUCUUCAAAAACCUAAGGAAGAAAAGAGAACAAAAGGAAUCCCAAAAAGGGCCUUUUCUUUUCUCUUAACAAUCAAACAACAGCAAUGGCUACUGCUACUGAUCGUGCACCUCACCAGGUUCAAGUUCACACCCCCACCACACAACGCGUCGACGUUCCACGCCGCGGCUACGAUGUUAGUGGUGGUGGUAUUAAGACUCUUCUCCCCGAGAGAGGUCCGUCCACCUCUCAAAUCAUCGCCGUCCUCGUCGGCGUCCCCACUGGGGGCACUCUGUUGCUCCUCUCCGGCCUUUCACUUCUCGGAACCAUAAUCGGGCUGGCAAUUGCCACCCCGGUUUUUAUCUUCUUCAGCCCGGUUAUAGUUCCCGCGGUCGUUACCAUUGGACUUGCAGUCACUGGUAUUCUCACGGCGGGAGCAUGUGGACUAACCGGGCUGAUGUCUUUGUCAUGGAUGAUUAACUUCAUCCGACAGGUACAUGGGACGACGGUGCCGGAUCAGCUGGACUCAGUGAAGCGGCGCAUGGCGGACAUGGCGGAUUACGUGGGGCAGAAGACAAAGGAUGCUGGCCAAGAGAUACAGACUAAGGCCCAGGAUGUUAAGAGGUCAUCAUCAUAAAA